GUUCAUCAAGCUCCACGAGAAUUCAACACCACACUCCUUUACAAUAUACACCUUUAAUUGAAUAGUCACGAUUGAUUCUCGACAUUUCCGUUCCUUCACCCACAAUAAUAAUCAUUCAAAAUGGCGCCAAAAGCAACCAAAGACAAAUAUUCAGUAAUCCUUCCUACCUACAAUGAACGUCGCAACCUUCCCAUUAUUACAUGGCUCCUUAAUCGCACAUUCACCGAGCAGUAAGUUUGCGCCGAUACUCUCGCGCUUUUGCGCGUGUCUACGUCUAGGAUAGUAGCUAAUUGAACUUUAGAGGGCUCGAUUGGGAACUCAUUAUCGUUGACGAUGGUUCUCCCGACGGAACUCAAAUCGUAGCCAACCAGCUCGCCAAAGCUUAUUCCCCUCAUGUUCUUCUCAAAGCUCGCGCUGGAAAACUUGGUCUCGGAACGGCAUAUGUUCACGGUCUCCAAUUUGUAACCGGAAACUAUGUUAUUAUCAUGGACGCGGAUUUCUCUCACCAUCCCAAAUUCAUUUCUCAAAUGAUCGCGAAACAAAAGACGUUACCCACGAACGGUGGAUAUGAUAUUGUUACAGGUACACGAUACGCUGGUGAUGGAGGUGUAUUUGGAUGGGAUUUGAAGAGAAAAUUGGUUUCGAGGGGAGCCAAUUUAUUUGCGGAUACAGUUUUAAGACCAGGGGUUAGCGAUUUGACCGGUAGUUUCAGAUUAUACAAAAGGGCGGUUUUGCAGAAGGUCAUUGAAAGUACGGAGAGUAAAGGAUACACUUUCCAGAUGGAAAUGAUGGUCAGAGCUAAGGCUAUGGGAUGUACGGUUGCGGAAGUACCAAUCAGUUUUGUGGAUCGUGUUUAUGGAGAGAGUAAAUUGGGUGGUGAUGAAAUUGUGGAAUAUGCAAAGGGUGUCUUGAAUUUGUGGAUGAAGGUUUAGGUUUAAGGUGUACGUGGAUAUAUUAUAUACAUGGUGGAGUUAGUAGGUUUAUUGGGAUCUAUAAUGGUCGGAUCCUAGUACUGGGAAUUCGAUGAUGUAUACUAUCAUACGGUUGGACUGGUGCAAUUUUGACAAUGAAACUUCUUUUCACUCAGCAGUCGAGUGGUUGCAUCCUGUUUAAGCUGUAUGGUACUCCUUUCAUCGUCCAUGGGUCUUUGACGCCUUUCUUUUUUGCUCAUGUUGCGGUUUUGGUAUUAAUCAGCUCAAUUAAAAAGACUUUUGAAUCCCCUUCAAAAUCUA